AUGUCUUUCGCUGGACCACGAAAGCUUUUACCAGACGAUUUCGAACAUGUUAAGAGACUAAGUCUUUCUGAACUACGCAUGAUUGAUGUUCUUAAGGAAAAAUCAACAAAUAACGAAUUUAUUGCAAUUACACAUACAAAAUUUGGUAUAAAAGAUAGUAGGAAGAAAUCAUUUUUUGAGAGAGUAAAUGCAAUGGCUUGCUUACAUCAUCCAGCUGUUUGUACUCUUUACGGAUAUUUCUUACCAGAUAACGCUGAAAAGAAAUGCCCGACUUUACUGUUUAAAAAUGCAAAGAGAGGAUGCUUGGGUUACUACAUUGACAAAUCUCGCUUGAGAUCAACAAAAUCUUAUCUAGAGCCACCAAAAAUCCUAAAAAUAUUGCUUGGAGUAGCUUCAGCAUUAAAGUAUUUACAUAGUCAAGGAUUUGUCUGUGGUGAUUUACAGCCUACUUCAAUUUUUCUGAAUGAAAAUUAUGAACCAUUGUUGUAUCCAAUUUUAUCCACACAUAAUGCCUACAGAAAAUUAAAUGUCGCAACGUUCGAUAUGGCAACAGAUUUAAUUUCCCCGCCGGAAUUACUUUCAGGAAAUUUCAAAAAAAUUACCCCCGAAAGUGAUAUUUAUGCAUUUGGAAUACUCACUUUUCGAUUCAUUUGCAAGAAAAUCGUAUUUAACCAGGUGGAUGUUUCUCUUUCGUUUUCACAAAAUAUAAUUCAAGGAAAAAGGUUUAUGAUUCCCCAAUUUAGCUACACCUUUUUGAGAGAAAUCGUAGAAAACUGUUGGGUGCAAGAUCCAAACAAAAGACCAUCAAUGGCUGACGUUUACAAAAAAUUAAAACAAGAUUGUCCAAUUUUUUUGCCAGAACAUAUAACAGAGCCAUACUUAAAGUACGUGGAAUCACUUGAUGCAAGUGUAAUCCAAAAUCAAAGCGAUAAUUCUUUUGAUUCCCAAAAUUCAGACAAAAAUUCAAUAUUUUUGACAGGAUACUCUUCUGAUGUGUUUGAUAUCAAUCAGUUGAAAGAAUCUGCACCAUAUAAAUACAUUAAAAAUCAUCCAGAAUUAUCUCAAAAUAAAAUCUUGAAAUUUAAGUUCAUUUUGAAACUCCAGAACCACAUAAUAGAAACGAAUCCAACAAACUUCGAAGAUAAUAUCAAAUGGAUAUCAAGAAAUGUUGAUUUUGAUUCUCCAAAAGGAAUUGACAUAUUUAUCAGAACUUUAUGCUUGGCAGCACUUGUUAGAUGGAGAGAUAUCACAACGUAUGCAAAUAUGUUCAAAAAAAUUCUAACUGUAAUAGGAAAUUCUAAUAUUACUUUGAAAGAAUCAUUUAUUGACAAAAUACUUAAGGAAAUGACUUUCUAUGAGCCAUUUCCUAAAAUGAACGCUGUUUUGGCCUUACUACGCGUUCUGACAGAAACAAGAUGUUAUUUACCACAAAAUAUCGUAGAAAUCAUCAAAAAAUUCUACGAAACAGGCGCGAAGAUCAAAAAAAAUGCCUGUCUUCUGUUUGCUUACUUCGCAGAUUUCGUUUUUAAAUUUGAUCAAAAAUUUUAUUCAGAAAUCUGCCAAGAAUACGAAAAAUACCAACACGAUCCAUUCUUUCCACUUCCAUACCGCGUAUUCUACCAAGAACUCAAAGAAUCCUACGAAAAAGAUUGGAGUAUUUAUUUGAAUCACCUUCACAACGUCAAAGGCUCUCAUGGACUAAUUACAGAACUCAUCAACGAUGAUAUUGUUUCAUUCCGAGACAACAGGAAGAUUGACGAUAACUUUAUCCACUGUAAAAUUCCGGCCAAUUUAUUUGAGCCAUGUCAUAUUUUGUCAAACCGACCAAACAUCACAAUGUUCUGUGCCGCGUAUUCAUCUAUCAAGAUUUUCUCAAGAAUGAUGCAAUUCGCGAACUUUUUCGUUGUCAAAGACGAUAAAGGUAAAAGAACAAGUUACUUUACCGGUGUAGGAGGCAGUGAAAGCAUUUACAACUUAGUUUCACCGAAUUUCACUGUUUCUAAUGAUAUUUUGAUCGGAGCUUUGUGUUUCCACCAGCACAAAAUUGCCAUCAAACAAUUGAACAGAGACAAAUGCGAUCCAAACGCUCCUGAUGUAGAUGGAAAGUACGGAAUUGUAUCUGCAUCGGCUUAUAACAAUGUGUUUGGAGUGUUGCAACUAUUGAUGAAAAACGUCAACCCUUUGAUCCAUGAAUCUUUCGAAAAAACAGCUUUACACUCUGCUUGUGAAAACGGUUGUUUGGAGGUUUUGGCGGUUUUAAUUGUUUUGUGUCCACUUCUUGUUAAUACGAAGAACACAUUUGGCCAGACACCUCUGCAUAUCGCAAUUGAACAUGGAAGAAAUGAUUGCGCAAAGAAACUCAUCAGAUCACAAAAUAUUGAUUUGAAUUCAAAAGAUGAUGAUGGUUUUUCUCCACUUUUUUACGCAAUCAAUCAAAAAAACAUCGAAACAGUUGAUUUACUGUUAAAUGAUGAAAGGUGUGACAUCAAUCUACAAUCUAAUAAAGGAUACACGGCUCUCCAUUGGUCUGCAAAACAUGGAAAUGAUGAAAUCACAAUUAAACUGCUUUCUAGAAAAGAUAUUAAUACAGAAAUCGCUGACAACAAAGGAAGGAAAGGAAUUGAAAUGAUUUCUUCAAAUCUAAAGGAAAGAUUUAUUAAUGGAGAGUUCCAGAAGAAAGAAGAAAAUACCAUGAAUAAUGGUCCUUGCAGAAUAUAA